AUGGUCGCCGUGCCCACGGCCUGGUGCUCCGUCGUGCUGGCCCUGCUCCUGGCUCUGCAUGAAGGCAAGGGCCAGGUGACUGCGGCGGCCCCAGAGCAUCCGGCGCCCUCACCCCGGGCCCGAGGCCCCCACCUGCGGCCUCGACGUUGCUCCUGCAGCUCCUGGCUCGACAAGGAAUGCGUCUACUUCUGCCACCUGGACAUCAUCUGGGUGAACACUCCCGGACAGACAGCUCCUUACGGCCUGGGAAACCCGCCAAGACGCCGGCGCCGCUCCCUGCCAAAGCGCUGUGAAUGCUCCAGUGGUGGGGACCCCGCCUGUGCCACCUUCUGCCAUCAAAGACCCUGGGCUGAAGCUGUGGUAGUCCCAGGCACCGGGUCCCCCGCCAACAUGGUCCAGGCUGGCUGGACAUGGAUGUCUGCAGGGGAGCUCCUCCAACAGCUGAGGGACAUUUCUGCCGCCAAGAUCCGCUUUGCUAGGCGACACCAGGAUUCAGUGAGGGAGCUGAGACCCACACACCCCAGGCAGAGGAAGAGAUAGCGUUGGUUGCCAAGGAAUGCUGGGAAGGAGCCUGUGUGGAGCCGCGAGGAGAGGGGCAGCCCAGCGCCAGGGACCCCACCUGGUGGGGUGGCACAAGCUCUGGCCUCCUUGCGCGGGUGAGGGAGCUUCCCCCAAGGCAGCUCACGCCCUCCGCCUGCCCAGGAAAGUCUUCAGCCCCUCAGCUGCAGAGCGGCCUCCCCCACCAGCCCUGGCCCCACCGCCCC